AUGGGUUCAGGAUAUAAUGACGAUAAUACAAUAUAUAUCAGGCUGGAGCGUUGGAAGCUCACUACUAACCCAAGACUGCUCCCGGACGUCAGGGUCCAGAACUUGAAUGACUGCGCGGAGUCUUACGGAAACUCUGGUUUCAAUGGCGGCCUUAUGAUUCCGGUAUACGAAUACGUCAAGGACAAUGGGGGAGUCGGCUCAGGAAAGUCAUAUCCUUUCGAGGAGUACAUUCCCGCGGGCGAUGAAAAAGCGCUUGAAAUAGCAGUUGGUACCGUUGGCCCUGUCUCAGUAGGAAUUGACGCUCGUCAGCCAACGUUCCAGCUCUACUCUGACGGAAUCUAUGAGGAGUCUACUUGUAACAAUGGUCCUGAUGAGGUGAAUCGUGCUGUAUUAGUGGUAGGUAUAUGCAUUGAUUAA